AUGAAAUGCAUGGAGGAAACCCAGGGAAACGUUUGGGCCUAUCCCCUGAGCAAAUCAGGAGGCGACUGGAGAAAGACUGCUGCUGAUCCUGUGUCCGAGUCCCCAGGACCCACGGCAGGCCCUCCGGAGAGCAUCCCCAGGCAGUAUGACAAUUCUAGACCUCGCUUUCUGGUGUGGGUGGGCUCCGGGUCGGUUAAAUCUGUCAAUUUCCCAGGGUUCGUCACCUUUGUUCCUGACUGCCCCUGCUCACAGCGCUUGUGUUAUUCUGGCAUCUCCAUUCCGCAAUUGCCAUUUCUUCUUAGUGCUGCUGCAAAUCUCUUUAUUGGGAAAGAAGCAUCAGAUGGUGAAGGAGGAGGAAGAGACACAGAAGUGAUGCAGCAGGAGACAGUUCCAGUUCCUGCAUCUUCAAAGAAAACCAAACAGCCUAAAGAAUGUUUUCUGAUACAACCAAAGGAAAGAAAAGACAAUACCACCAAGACCAGGAAGAGGAGAAAGAAGAAAAUUACUGAUGUUCUUGCAAAAUCAGAACCAAAACCAGGGGUCCCUGAAGACCUGCAGAAGCUGAUGAAGGACUAUUACAGCAGCAGUCGCUCGGUGAUUGAAUUGGAAGAACUGAACCUACCAGGCUCCUGUUUCCUCAAGGCCAAUGAUUUGACUCACAGUCUUUCCUCAUACCUAAAAGAAAUCUGUCCUAAGUGGGUAAAACUUAGGAGAAACCACAGUGAGAAAAAAUCGGUCCUGAUGCUGAUCAUCUGCAGCUCGGCUAUCCGAGCCCUGGAGCUCAUUAGGUCAGUGACAGCAUUCAGAGGAGACAGCAAAGUUAUCAAAUUAUUUGCAAAGCACAUAAAGGUCCAGGAGCAGGUAAAGUUGCUGGAGAAGCGUGUGGUACACCUGGGUGUGGGAACUCCAGGGAGAAUUAAAGAACUUGUUAAACAAGGUGGCCUUAAUUUGAACCCCUUAAAAUUUCUGGUUUUUGACUGGAACUGGAGAGAUCAGAAGCUGAGGAGAAUGAUGGACAUUCCCGAGAUAAGAAAGGAGGUAUUCGAACUUCUGGAAAUGGGAGUACUCAGUCUGUGCAAGUCAGAAUCUUUGAAACUGGGCCUUUUCUAAGUCUGGGUCCUAAUGAAGAUCCCAGUUUCCACAGUAGAAGUUGCAUCUUAUUUAAUGACUCUGAUACAUUGCAAGAACCCAGUAAAUAUCAGCAAAUAGUUUAUGUUAAGUGUGUCGGCAAAUGGAUCACUGGAAUGAGGGGAUUUCUGAAACAGAAAUGAAUCUGUCCUUUUGACAACUCUCUUAUAUAAUAAAAUAUCACUGGCUUGUGUGUGA